UCGAUGUGACGGAGAAUCUGAAAAAUUUUGCAAAAUUUUUCAGGAACUAAACAAGGCCUAAGUAGUAGAGAAGAGAAGACUGCCGUCAGCACUUAGCAGUGAUCGAGGCAGGUGAUCCAGAGAGCCAUGGGGUUCGGCAUGGUGUCCCUCCUCGACGCCUUCUUCCGCCGCGCGUUCACCUCCGCCGGCCUCCGCCCCAGCUCCGCCGCCGUCGACGCCGACACCACCAUCCACUUCUGGGCGCACCCCUCCCUCCUCCUCCAGCCGUCAGACCAGCAGCGGCCGGUGGUGGUGCUCCUCCACGGCUUCGGCCCGGACCCGACGUGGCAGUGGGCGGCGCAGGCAGGCCCGCUGUCGCGCCACUUCGACCUGCUGGUGCCGGCGCUGCUCUUCUUCGGCGCGUCCGCCACGCGCGCGCCCGCGCGGUCCGACGCGUUCCAGGCCGCCGCGCUCGCCGCGCUCCUCACGGGCGGCCACGUCCCGGGGCUCGGCCGCGACGGCCGGACCGUGCACCUGGUGGGCGCCAACUACGGCGGCCUCGUGGCGUACCACCUCGCCCGGGACCUGGAGCAGCAGCAGGGCGGCGGCGUCCGCGUCGGGAAGGUGGUGCUGUGCGACGCGGACGCGUGCUGGGGCGCCGACGACGACCGCGCGCUGGCGGACAGGAGCGGCGCGGCGGACGUGGCGGAGCUGCUGGCGCCCGGCGACACACGGGCGGUGCGGCGGAGGUGGAUGAUGAGCGCCUACCGCCCGUUCAAACACAUCCCCGAGUGCUUCCUCCGCGACCUCUUCCGGAAACACUUUGCGGACAACAGGGAGGAGAAGAUGGCGCUAAUCAAAGGGAUCACCGCCAGGGAAGGCUUCGAGCUGACUCCUCUGCCUCAGGAGGUGCUCAUCAUCUGGGGUGAGUUCGACCAGAUCUACCCAGUCGAGAAAGCACACAAGAUGAAAGAGAAGCUGGGAGAGAAGGCGACAGUGGAGGUGAUCCCGGGCACGGGACACCUGCCGCAGCAACAGGACAUCAAGCUCUUCAACCGCGUCCUCCUCGACUUCCUGCUGCAGCCUUCUUCCACCUCCAAUUAUGGCAGCGCUGCCGCCAAGUAGCACAAGUUCUUGCUUCUCCAAUUCUCCUAUCCUAUUCCACGUGGCACACGAGCUUGCUGUUGCAUUCUCUGGAGCUAGCUGGGUUUUAUUUCGUCUCUUAUUCGUGUUCUAUUCUAUCCAGCUGAUUUGGAAAUAGAGGCAAUGCACAUUGUUGUAUUUAGCAAGAUGUGAAAUAAAUGAUGAGGCAAUGCCUUAUUUAAAGUCUA